AUAAGUAAGAAGCACGAAGUUGUGUGCGACUAGUAUACAUGUAUAGCCGUUCUUGUACCAACUACGAAGCGGCAGUCUUAUUUAUUAUCUCGUUUGAUUAGAAGUGAUACAUUUUGCUAUUUAAUCUUAAAUAUAUUUAUCCUUGGCCAAGAUGGGCGAAGAUUUCAAUGGAGAGAGAGAGCGUCAAGAGAGGGACAGAGAGAGAGAUCGAGGCGACAGAGACCGAGACAGGGACAAGGAUAGAGAAAGGGAUAGAGGUGGAGAUAGGGAUAAAGAUAGGGAAAGAGAUCGUGGAGAAAGAGACAGAGAUAGAAGGCAUAGAUCUAGAAGUAGAGAGCGAAGGAAACGUUCAAGGUCCAGAAGCAGAGACAGAAGAUCCAGAGAUCGCAAAAGAAGUUCUUCAAGAGACAAGAAAGGUCGUAGUUCAAGAAGGAGAAAGCCAUCUCUUUACUGGGAUGUACCUCCACCAGGAUUUGAACAUAUUACACCCUUACAGUAUAAAGCCAUGCAAGCUGCAGGGCAAAUCCCAGCAAAUAUUGUAGCUGAUACACCACAAGCUGCCGUGCCAGUUGUUGGAAGCACAAUCACAAGACAGGCUCGGCGAUUGUAUGUUGGAAAUAUUCCUUUUGGUGUAACAGAAGAGGAGAUGAUGGAGUUCUUCAAUCAACAGAUGCAUCUUUCUGGUUUAGCACAGGCAGCUGGAAAUCCUGUUCUUGCGUGUCAAAUUAAUCUUGAUAAGAAUUUUGCGUUCUUAGAGUUCCGUUCCAUAGAUGAAACAACACAAGCAAUGGCUUUUGAUGGUAUAAACUUUAAAGGACAAAGCUUGAAAAUUAGGCGACCUCAUGAUUAUCAACCCAUGCCUGGAAUGACUGACAAUCCUAGCAUGAACGUCCCAGAUUCUCCACACAAGAUCUUCAUAGGUGGUUUACCCAACUACUUGAAUGAAGAACAGGUGAAGGAGUUGCUGAUGAGCUUCGGACAAUUACGAGCAUUUAACCUGGUGAAGGACUCGGCGACAGGCUUAUCCAAAGGUUAUGCAUUCUGCGAAUAUGUUGAUGUGUCUAUGACCGACCAAGCGAUCGCUGGUCUCAACGGUAUGCAGCUGGGCGACAAGAAACUCAUUGUACAGAGAGCCAGUGUUGGCGCCAAGAAUCCUAUGAUUGGCACUCAAGCUCCAGUCCAAAUUCAAGUACCAGGUCUGUCCAUGGUUGGAAGCGCUGGGCCUGCUACAGAGGUCUUGUGCUUGCUGAAUAUGGUCACACCGGAAGAAUUGAUGGAAGAAGAGGAAUAUGAAGAUAUUCUUGAGGAUAUCAAAGAAGAAUGCAAUAAAUAUGGUGUUGUGCGAUCAGUCGAAAUUCCCAGACCUAUUGAAGGUGUGGAUGUUCCUGGAUGUGGAAAAGUAUUUGUUGAAUUUAACAGUGUAAUCGAUUGCCAGAAAGCACAACAGACGCUGACAGGACGUAAAUUUAAUAACCGUGUAGUGGUAACUUCAUACUUCGAUCCAGACAAGUAUCACAGAAGAGAAUUUUAAU